CUUUCUUCGCAACCCAUGCUGUGAUAUGCAGUGUUAGUUUUACACUGUUGUGUCGUCUUAAUAGCUAAGGAUAAGCUAGCUAGCUAACGUUAGCCAAACGUUAACGUUAGUUAGUAAACGAGCGCUAUGUCGAGUCGAUCCCAAACUAAACACUGCAUCAAUCUAUAAAGUGUGAAGGCAUACGCACUAUAACCAAAAUAAACGUAACGUUUGAGCACGAUAUUUAAAAGAAAACAGCUUCUAGUCAGGAUCUGUAUAACGAAGAACGCCAUACAGCUGAUAAAGCUAGGCUAGCUAAUGCUAACUAGCUUACGCUACGGUGUAGCGUAUAAAAAGUUAUGAAACAACGAGCAGUCGAUCAGUUUCAGACAAAUAGUGUCCUUAUCCAUUCCUCGAUACAGCUGUAGCGAACACGCCACAAGCGAAACACAAUACCAGCAGCUAUAGAAAUUGCUAACGUUAGCCAUCUGCUAACUAGGCCAGUGUGUUUAUACUGGAUCAGCGUAAUUGCUGGAGAGUAACGUUUCCUUGUAGAGUUUUCUAUUACAGUGUUACGAUUAAUUUAUUCGUUUACAUUAGAACUUUAUGUCAGAACAAUAUAGGCCACCGUUUGUAAAAAUACAUGAACAGCGUUAGAAACAGCCCUUGAUCGUAUUAAUCCGUGUUGUAAACCACUCGAUGAACUGUUUCAGUUUCAGGAAGUAGACAGUGCCUGAUCUUGCAAGGCAGCACUGAACCUUUCCUUUAGUUUACUCCUGGUUACUAAACACUAGUUGGGUUUUACACGCCUAACUAACAAUACGUUGAUCCGUUGUCCAUACAUUUUAAUUAUAACUAUUGCAGGUUUCUGUCAAAUAAACUGCUGGAAGUAAUUGAGAAAAUAUGGUAAUCUUGUAAUGGAAUAUAAAUAGCUUAAUAUUGGUUUUGUUUUGGUUUGGUAUUGGUAUUGUUCUGCUGCACAUUCUUAACAUACACAUAUCGAAGGUCUGUUUAGAGAUUCUGUUCUCUGUAAAGGAGUUAGCAAAUACACUGGCUUUAUCUUUAACUGUGCAUGCUUACUUUCCUCCCAGUUUUUACCAAGCUCUGUCAGUUAAAGGAAGAAAUGGGUUGUUUAGUCUGUGACCUCUUAUGGUGGGUGACUGGUAUCUCCUAACAUUGCUUGUAAAGACCGGGAAUCCAGUGGCUUCAAACAACACAGGCCUACUGUUUCUACUAAUAGAAGCAGACAGAGUUUCUGCUCUGGCAAAUAAGCAAGCUGAGCUGGGGGUCCUUUGAGGAAGAGGUGUUACGUUCCAGUUAAUAUGAAACCUAAUGACCAUGGAGAUUGAGAAAUCAUACCAAGGGUUCCCAUAUUCUCAAAUCAAGGAGCGGUGCAGCAACAGAACCAAAGCUGCUCCUGCAUAGAUCACAGCUUGUGAGGAUUAGCAGGCAUGACUUAAUCUCUCACCCUGUCUAACAUGGUUGUUGCUGCAAUUGAGAAGAGAUGAAAGAUAGAAAUUGUUAUAGGCCUACGCAUGGCCUUGAAGUGUAAAUUUAAGCAUUGGCUGAUACCCAUCCAAGCACAGGAGGGCUGUGCUUUUUAGAUUUUGAUGAAGACAGCAGAGGUCCAGAUUGGCUUCUUUGAAUGUGACAGAGGAGACAAACACUGGUUACACCAGCUGCAUUAAAUGACUGAGUGGAAGAAACAUAUCACUUUAAGCACACUCCACCCACCCCACCAAACCUGUUUAUUUGUGUGUGCAUGCUCACAAUCCUAUGUGUGGAUGGCUGUGGAUCAGGGAUGAUCACAUUUUAUUCUCUUCCUGACAGGGCGAGCUCCAGACCGCCCAGCUGAGCUCCGUCCCUCUCUGGUCUCUGUUAUAACUCCAUUACAAAGACUUAAUUAAGUUUCCAGCCAGUGCUCUGGUACUGUGGGCACCUCUCCAUCUAGUCACAAAAAAUGUUUUUUCCUUCACACUGCACAUCACCAUUUAGAUGCAUGUAGACAGCAUGCACUCGCUUCUGGCUGCAGAAGAUGAAAUGACAUUACAGAACUGGUUGUUGUUGUUGAGAUUUUAGAAGUUACUUUAAACCACCAACAGGAGGCGCUGUACCCCAAUUCAUUGACACAACCAGUGUCCAAAGGACGAGCAUGUGUUCGUUACCCCACCUGGAUGAAAAGAUCUUAGCUGCUAGACGUCCCCUGAUGCUGAAGCAGACACCUGUGACCUUCCAGCACUGGAGCUCAACACAAAGACAAUUAUCCACACACUUGGCUCCUGGACAACGAGGACGUAUGUGGGAUGAUGCGGGGCACCAACAUGGUGAAAGUGCGCUCUCCGAGGUGGCAGAAGAGCCGAAACCUGCGGCUGCUGGAGGACGGACUCACCGUGUGGUGUGAGUCCACCAAGAGCUCUCGCAAAGCCAAAGCCCAGCAGACGUUCGCAGUGACAGAGGUGGAGUGCGUGCGUGAAGGCUGCCAGUCCGAGGCGCUGAGGCGGCUGUCCGGGUCAGUGCCGGAGAACCAGUGCUUCACAGUGGUCUUCAAGGGAGCCAGGAAGAGCCUGGACCUGCGGUGCCCCUGUGAGGAAGAAGCCCAGCGCUGGGUGCGGGGACUCCGUACUUUAAAGGAGCGAGUGGCCAACAUGACUCAGAAGGAGAAACUGGACCAUUGGAUCCGAGGCUACCUGAGGCGAGCGGAUCAGAACCAGGACGGCAAGAUGAGCUAUGAUGAAGUCAAACGGCUGCUACAGAUGAUCAACAUUGACCUGAGUGAGCAGUAUGCCUGCUCUUUAUUCAAGAGGUGUGACCGAUCUGGCGAUGGCCGUCUGGAUCACAUAGAGAUUGAGGAGUUCUGCAGGGAGCUGCUGCGACGGCCUGAGCUGGAUUCCGUGUUCAGACGCUAUUCGAGUAAUGGUUGUGUGCUCUCCACUGCCGAGCUGCGAGACUUCUUGGGAGACCAAGGCGAGGACGCCUCGUUGAAUCAUGCUCAGAGCCUCAUACUCACCUAUGAGCUCAAUGACUGGGCUCAGAAGAACCAGUUCAUGACCCAGAAUGGUUUCACCAUGUACAUGCUGUCACUGGAGAACGAUGUGUUUAACCCUGACCAUACCAGAGUCUAUCAAGACAUGAGCCGCCCCCUGGCUCACUACUUCAUAUCCUCGUCGCACAACACCUACCUUACCAAGGACCAAGUCACCAGUACCAGCAGCACAGAGCCAUACAUCAAGGCUCUGAAUCAGGGCUGUCGCUGUGUCGAGCUGGACUGCUGGGAUGGAGAUAAGGGUGAACCAGUCAUCUACCACGGCCACACUCUCACCUCCAAAGUGCCCUUUAAAGAGGUCAUUGAAACCAUCGCCCAGUACGCCUUCAAGGCGUCCCCAUACCCUUUAGUUCUAUCCUUGGAGAACCACUGUUCUGUGGAGCAGCAGGCUGUGAUGGCCAAACACCUCCGCACCAUCCUCGGUAGCAAACUGCUCACGAAGCCCCUCACUGACGACCCAGUGAAAGAUCUGCCCUCUCCUGAGAAGCUGAAGGGGCGUAUUCUGGUAAAAGGGAAGAAGCAGACUCCUCACCUUGGCCAGCUGGGCAAGGCAGGCAGCUGUGCCAGCUUUUCCUCAAGCUCUGAAGACGAACUAGCGAGCAGCAAUAAGAACACACCCAAGAAGGAUUUUGCUAAGGUCUCUGCUAAACUGAGCCCCGAGCUAUCAGAGCUGGUGGUGUACUGCAGGAGCGCCCCCUUCCAGGGGUUUGAAAACGCCUCUGAAAAACCACCAAAUGAAAUGUCCUCCUUCUCUGAAAGUGAAGCCCUCAGGCUCAUCAAAGACUCGGGAAAGCUUUUUGUAAGACACAACAGCAGGCAGCUGAGCCGGAUCUACCCCUCCGGCCAGCGCCUCCAAUCAUCCAACUAUGAUCCUCAGGAAAUGUGGAACGGUGGAUGCCAGAUGGUGGCUCUGAACUUCCAGACGCCAGGGGAGCAGAUGGACCUGAACCAGGGUCGCUUCCUUCCUAACGGUCGCUGUGGCUACGUACUCAAACCCAACUUCCUGUGCAGCCCCACAUCCAACUUCAACCCAGAGAACACGGGAGGAGGCCCCGGUCACGUCCCCACCCAACUGACUAUACGAAUAAUAUCUGCACAGCAGCUGCCAAAAAUCAACACAGAAAAGGCGAGCUCCAUUGUGGAUCCACAAGUGUGGGUGGAAAUUCAUGGGGUGGAUAUCGAUAAUGCAAAAGACAAAACACAGCGCAUUGACAACAAUGGUUUUAACCCACGGUGGGACUGCACCCUGAGCUUCCAGCUGCAAGUCCCUGAUCUGGCCUUGGUGCGGUUUGUAGUGGAGGACCAUGACCACACUGCCAAGAACGACUUUGUGGGGCAGUUCACUUUACCUUUCACAAGCCUUCGCACAGGUUAUCGACACGUUCACUUAUUAAAGGCAGAUGGUUCCAGUCUGUCCCCCGCCACGCUCUUUAUCCAUGUCAAAGUGAGCCGCAAAGGAGUUCCCAUCAAAACUGUGUCCGAGCGUAUGGCCAUUGCCAAAGGCAUGGCAUGACGUGCAUCUGAACCAGAUGGAAAGCUGCAUUUUCUGACAACAAAGGGCUUUGGUAAAAGAGCUCUGAAUGUGUGGAGAGUGAGACUGAUGCUGCUUCUGCUGCUGCUGCCAGCCGGUCUCCCGGUCCAGACCUCAAGUGGUCCAAUUUACACUGAGCCACUUCCCAAUGCAGGAAGAAAGAUGUUGUUUAUCAGAGAUGAAGAAGCAUGCUGGCUUUCAGCAAAUGAAUUGCCUCGAGCUGGAUAAUGAAUCCAUGAUACUCUGUGGGAGUAUCUGGUCUUGCCAGUGCUGAGUGCUCUGGAAACAGGGCACUGAGAAUUCUCGUUCAUGAAACACACUGACAUGGGACUCUUUACAAAAUGAAUUUGCAAAAUGAAUUUAAAUAUUGUUAACUUUCAAGUGUAGGAGGUUAUCCCAUAUACGUUGGACAGAGUAAAAGAUGUAUUUCACCUUUAAUAAUCUGUAAUAUAUAUUUGAUUUAAGAAAUAUUUUAACAGUUUUAUACUUAAUACGUAUUUGGCUUUAACUUGAAAUGAAGAUAGUUUAACAAAAAUAGCACUUUUUAACUGAGGCUCUCUCAGACGUGCUAGAAGAAGGAAUUCAAACUGACUAGCUGUGAUUAAAAAAUGAUUAAUAUUGUUUUAUAAAUUAAUGCGUAAGCUCUAACUGUGAUGUAAUACAGAUGUAAUACUGGGUAAGCGAUUGCCACAGGUUGUAUUGUCCAUGAAGGCCAAACAAAUGUUCAAAUAGUCAGUCUUACAUGGUUCUCCAGAUAUUCUUACUUAAGCACUUUUUAUUUCUCUUAGGAGAAAGAUUUUAUUUUCUGAGACAAAUGACAAUGUAUUUCCGCAAAUUAUGAACAAACUUGAAAUGCAAACAGUGUUAACUUGCAGAUUCACUUAUGUUUACUGACGCUCUUAAAAAUUUCAAUUGUUGUAUUUGCUUCAGCAGUAUUUCACACACUUUAAAACAAGGUGUUCAGUCAGAUUAUGUUAGACAUUUUAAGAUAUUUGCAUGUUGGCUCCUUGCCUUUUUUUCUAUUGACCUUCGUAAUUAUUUUUAUUAUAAUUGUCCUCACUUUCUGAUCUAGUAAACUGUGGUUAAUUGCAACAAUCUAAUACCAGCAGAUAUUACUGCGGGCUGCAGUGAAUCAUUUAAUACUCUUACAAGGAGGUUCCUUGAUAAUGAAAUGGUUCAGUAAUGAAAGGUGCUUUGCAUGAAUUACUGUAAUAACAGUACAUAUGAUCAGGAUGGGUUUCAAUAGUAAUUGUAGUGUGUAACAGAUGGUGAGUGAAUUAUGAUUUUGCUGUGUUAAAACCUAUGGCCUGUAUCAUGUGAAAGGCAGUACAAGGAAAAAUACUGUUUUCAUAAAAGCAUUAAUUACA